UAUUUCUUAAUUAAUUUUAGGUUGAGUUUUUACUUCGGCAACUAUAUACAUAAUUAUACAGGGUAUUUUCUUAAUAUUGCGUAAAAUUGCAACCACAUAUUCUACAUCGGAAAAUAAUACUAAUUCGUCAGAAAAAUGAUAGUCCUAUAAAGCUUCAUUACGAAUCUUUAGGGUUAUAAAGUUUUAUGAUAAAAAUUAAAAUCCAUUAGUUCCUCCAAAACCACUUGCGUUAUUUUCAUAAAAUUUUACAGGCUUUGUGAGCCACUGAAAGUACUUAUAUUCCGGAAAUUAUUUUUACUCUUACCAGGGGCGUGUGUACGGGCACGUCACUGGUAAUUUUUAUUUUUUAUUAGUGUUAUUUUUUGAUGUAGAAUGUUAAGAAAAUACCUUGGAUAUAUCAAGCAGGAUUUGACAAGAAGCAGUCUCGGAAUAGUGAAGUUAUGUAAAGAUGUGAAAAAUAGUUUUAUGAAAAUAUUUUAAUAUAAAUCUAUUUUCCAAUAUUUCUUAGGCUUUUUAUGAACUCAGGUUAUAUUGUUGACAUUACAUUUUUGCUCGAUAUAAGCUUUAAUCGAAGAUUUCAACCAGAACCUGUCAUUUUAUAGAUACUCAACUACAACAGAACAUCAUAAUAAAUAAAUGAUGAUUCAAUGCCAUCUUCAGAUUUUUAUGCCAUUUUUAAAAUGUCAAGAAUAACCAACCAUUCUUUAUCAUCAUAAUAUGUCAAUGCUGUUACAUUGAUUCCUCAUUAAAUAAAAUGUCAGAUUAGUUAUUUUAGCUAUUUCUAUAUUACUGCACAUUUUUGAUCUACUUUCAUUGAAGUUGUAAUGAAGGUUGGCACAAACAUUUUUCCAGUAGAAUGCGAAUGUAUGGAAUGUAGAAAUCAGUCAGUUUUUUUUGUUUCAUUUUGAAAUGACUAUUUGCUGGUCUAAAAUCUGGAAAUGCACUUCAUAAAAUACUUGUACGAAUGUUUAUUUUUCCGCCUACAUUUUGGUUUGAUGUUUAAGCUCUCAGGUUGUAAAUCGUCGUUAAAAUGCCGAAAUAGUGCUUCCAUAAAUAUUUAAAUAAUCGGCAAGUGAAAAGCUGGUGAUAAAACAAUGUUUAGCAAUAAACAAAGUUGAUAGUGGAUCUUUAAUGAAAACAUUGUGUUGUGAUGGUUGGAUUAAACGUGGAUUAAGCUGUUGGAUCUGCAUCGAAAUAUGAUUAUUCAGAGGGAUCAGGAGGAUAUCAUGGAGACUAUCACAGACGAAGAGACAUUGGAGGAAUGCAAUGAUAGGACAGUCAUUCACCGAAAGAGCUCUUUAGCGCUGACACCAGAGGACGAACCCUUAGAUCUCAACAGAGGACCUCAGGAAAUCAAAUACGGUUUUUUGUUGCCGCCGACUAGAACACCUCCAAAGUUACUGCUAGUUUUUACCCAACAAGAUGCCGUUGUAGAUACUCAAACAAGAGCGGCGGAAAAACUCGGAUUCGAAGUGACUGUCGUCAGUUCUGAAGACGCUGCAUUAGAACAGUUCCAACUAAAAUCACACGAACUUGUGAUUAUAGAUACACGCUCGCCGAAAUCAAUUGAUUACAACACACUAUGUCGAUCAAUCAGAAACACGAGGGGAAGUCAACAUUCGGCUUUGGUAGCUGUCGUAAGAAAAAGUUUAUUUGAAAAAGAUGAUGUUGCUAUUAUGGCGCUAUUGGACUCCGGAUUUAAUAGGUGUAUUGUAGAGAAUACGAAUUUAAUCUGGAUGGUCAACGAGAUCAUCCAACUGAAACACAGUGAUAUCCAGCCUAUGGCCCAACACGCGACCUGCCAGUCCGUAUAUGCAGCUCUGGAUAAAUGCAAAGACGUCGUCAUUAUAACCGACGAUAGUUAUAGAUGUCAGUACGCAAACCGAUCCUGUGAAAAAUAUCUGAAUAUAAAGCCCGACGAAAUUUUGGGCAAGACGCUUCAAGAGCAGUUAGCCUACGACGCUCUUCAGAUAACAACAAUGGGAUCAUCGUUGCAUAGAGGUCGAGAAUGGAAUGGAGCUCUCACGUUGAAGAAAAAAAGCAACGAACCCAUUUUAACCUCUUGCAGGGCUGUGCCCAUUUCAUGUGCUGGACGAAUACCGACACAUUUCGUGAUGGUUUUGGACACUUCGCAUUCGUACGACGGGAUAGGACAAUCAAGGGGAAGUCUCCCGUCGGUUAGAAGGGGGUCGACAGAUGUGAGGAGUGUCGGGAGUGAUAACAUGAGGAGGACAUCCUUGGCGAAAAUGCCUCUGGAAGCUCCUAUCACGAAGUUAAUCACUCUGAUCGAUCAAGCGAAAGAUACAUCUUCGGCGAACCCUCAACUGGUCCAAUUACUCGAAAGGGUCGAAGAAAUUCUGCAUGGUCCCGAAUUAUACGCACCCCAAGUGAAAGAAGACCGCCACGAUGAGCCCAUCGUAUCGGAGCUGAUCUCGGCUUUACUCUCUAAACAAUCUCAGCCUUCCUUGGCUCUGUCUUCGCGAAGAAGCAGUAACGAUUCGUCGGUGUAUCGACCAUCGAAAGGUGGCGUGAUUAAAGUCCCCGCACAGCUGAAGGAGCUUCUUGACGAGUCAUUAUCUUGGGAAUUUGACAUCUUUCGUUUGGAAGAGUUGACGAAAAAACGACCGUUGCAAUACUUGGGAAUGAAUCUUUUUAAUAAUUUCGACGUAGCUGCGGUCCUCAAUUGUGACGAAAAAGUUCUAUAUAAUUGGCUCAUUAUUAUCGAGGCCAAUUAUCACGCUGAUAAUACGUAUCACAAUUCCACACAUGCCGCCGAUGUAAUGCAGGCAACGGCGGGAUUUCUUGAAAGAGAGAAAUUGAAAUCGAUCAUGGACCCACUCGACGAGGCAACAAGUUUAAUAGCAGCUGCUGCUCACGAUGUUGACCAUCCAGGCAAAUCUAACGCGUUCUUGUCGAACUCGGACAAUCCAUUAGCUAUAUUGUAUAACGACAUAACCAUUUUAGAAUCGCACCACGCAGCCCUCAUGUUCAAAUUAACUUUAGGUGACGAAAGAGUGAAUGUGUUUAAAAAUUUAGAUAGGGAAACGUACAAAAUCGCAAGACAUAAUGUCAUCGACAUGAUUCUAGCAACAGAAAUGACAAAACAUUUUGAGCAUCUCGCAAAGUUCGUUAAUGUUUUCUGUACGAAAACGUCUAGUAGCGAUAUCGAGCUCGGCGAUCAGGACUAUCCGCUUUUGAUGCAACCGGAAAAUAUCACUCUGAUCAAGAGGAUGAUGAUAAAAUGUUCAGACGUUUCGAAUCCGACGAGACCUUUGAGAUUGUGCGUCGAGUGGGCGAGGAGGAUCGCCGAGGAAUAUUUCCAGCAGACGGAUGAGGAAAAAGAACGUGGCUUGCCGGUGGUCAUGCCGAUGUUUGACAGAAACACUUGCUCCAUUCCCAAAUCGCAAAUUGGAUUUGUCGAUUAUAUCAUCAAUGACAUGUUUGAAGCGUGGAAUGCUUUUAUCGACAUGCCCGAUUUAAUAACGUACAUGCGUCAGAAUUACAUCAGGUGGAAGGAGUUCGACGAACAAGGUCUUAAUACCUUAGCUGAUAUUAGUAAACUUCAAACUAGUGUACUUAUGUGUCCGAUGUUUCCUCUAAAAUCUUCAAAAUCCAACUGAUGCAAAAUAUUUCGUCACAAUGUUGACGCCAAUAAAUUGAAGAAAUUGCUGCGAAAAAAACUGUGAAUGUGAACUAACAAAAUGUGCAUAUCGUGUGUUAUUUAUAUAUCUAUAUAUUAUACAGUUUAUACUAUAAAUAAAAGUAUUGCGUAC